AUGGUGAAGAGGAAGAGCUCCGAGGGCCAGGAGCAAGACGGCGGCCGUGGUAUCCCCUUGCCCAUCCAGACCUUCCUGUGGCGGCAAACCAGUGCAUUUUUGAGGCCUAAAUUGGGAAAGCAGUAUGAAGCCUCUUGUGUGUCCUUUGAACGAGUGUUAGUAGAAAACAAGCUGCAUGGCCUCUCUCCAGCCCUCUCUGAAGCCAUCCAGAGCAUUUCCAGAUGGGAACUGGUGCAAGCUGCUUUGCCUCACGUCCUCCACUGCACUGCAACCCUGCUGUCCAACAGAAACAAGCUAGGACACCAGGAUAAACUGGGUGUUGCUGAGACAAAGCUCCUUCAUACCCUGCAUUGGAUGCUCCUGGAGGCCCCACAGGACUGCAACAGUGAGCGUUUUGGGGGCACAGACCGAGGUUCCAGCUGGGGUGGCAGCAGCAGUGCUUUCAUCCACCAGGUUGAAAACCAGGGUUCUCCCGGGCAACCUUGCCAAAGCACCUCCAAUGAUGAGGAAGAAAACAACCGAAGGAAGAUUUUCCAGAACUCCAUGGCUACUGUGGAGCUCUUUGUGUUUCUGUUUGCUCCUCUGGUACACAGGAUCAAGGAAUCUGACCUCACAUUUCGACUGGCCAGUGGACUUGUUAUAUGGCAGCCCAUGUGGGAACACAGACAGCCUGAAGUCUCCGGCUUCACAGCACUGGUGAAGCCCAUCAGGAACAUCAUUACAGCUAAGAGAAGCUCUCCUAUCAAUAGUCAAAGUCAGACCUGUGAAUCACCAAAUCAAGACACAAGACACCGAGAGGGACUCCAGGUGGUCUGUGAAACGUUCCAGUCAGAUUCCAUCUCCCCCAAGGCCACCAUUUCAGGCUGCCACCGAGGAAACUCCCUUGAUGGAAGUCUGUCCUCCCAAACUUCCCAGGAAAGAGGACCAUCACACUCCAGGGUCUCUCUCGUGAUACCUCCAUGCCAAAGGUCCCGCUAUGCCACCUACUUUGAUGUUGCUGUUCUUCGCUGCCUACUCCAGCCGCACUGGUCUGAGGAAGGCACUCAGUGGUCUCUGAUGUACUAUCUACAAAGACUGAGACACAUGUUGGAAGAGAAGCCAGAAAAGCCCCCAGAGCCAGAUAUUCCUCUCCUGCCCAGACCCAGGAGUAGCUCCAUGGUGGCAGCAGCUCCCUCACUAGUGAACACACAUAAAACCCAAGAUCUCACCAUGAAGUGUAAUGAAGAGGAGAAAUCUCUCAGUCCUGAAGCCUUUUCAAAGGUUUCAUUGACGAAUCUACGCAGGUCUGCCAUCCCAGAUCUUUCUUCAGAUCUUGGCAUGAACAUUUUUAAGAAGUUCAAGAGCCGCAAAGAAGACAGAGAGAGGAAAGGUUCCAUCCCAUUCCACCACACGGGGAAGAGGCGGCCUCGGAGAAUGGGAGUGCCAUUCCUGCUGCACGAGGAUCACCUGGAUGUGUCCCCAACUCGUAGCACAUUCUCCUUCGGAAGUUUCUCUGGGCUCGGAGAUGACAGACGAGGCAUGGAAAAAGGAGGCUGGCAAACCACCAUUUUAGGGAAAUUUACCAGGCGGGGCAGUUCUGACGCGGCCACCGAGAUGGAGAGCCUGAGCGCCAGGCACUCCCACUCCCAUCACACGCUGGUGAGUGACCUGCCAGACCACUCCAACAGCCACGGGGAAAACACCGGCAAGGAAGUGCGAUCUCAGAUCUCCACCAUUACAGUUGCAACCUUCAAUACCACAUUGGCAUCGUUCAACGUCGGCUAUGCAGACUUUUUCAGUGAGCACAUGCGGAAGCUCUGCAACCAGGUGCCCAUCCCUGAGAUGCCACACGAACCCCUGGCAUGUGCAAACCUGCCUCGAAGCCUCACAGACUCCUGCAUAAACUACAGCUACUUGGAAGACACAGAACAUAUUGAUGGGACCAAUAACUUUGUCCACAAGAAUGGCAUGCUUGAUCUUUCUGUGGUUCUGAAGGCCGUUUAUCUUGUCCUUAACCAUGACAUCAGUUCUCGCAUAUGUGAUGUGGCACUGAACAUUGUGGAAUGCUUGCUUCAGCUUGGCGUGGUGCCCUGUGUAGAGAAGAACAGAAAGAAGAGUGAAAACAAGGAAAAUGGAACUGUAGAAAAAAGGCCAAGUGAGGGAACUUUCCAAUUCAAAGGAGUAUCUGGAAGCUCCACCUGUGGCUUUGGGGGCCCUACAGUGAGUGGAGCUGGAGAUGGUGGAGGAGAUGAAGGAGGAGGUGGUGAUGGAGGAGGUGGAGGAGGUGAUGGAGGAGGAGGUGGAGGAGGUGGAGGUGGCCCCUAUGAGAAGAAUGACAAGAACCAAGAUAAGGAUGAAAGUACACCUGUAAGCAACCAUAGGCUUGCUCUAACCAUGCUCAUCAAAAUCGUGAAAUCCCUGGGAUGUGCCUAUGGUUGUGGAGAAGGACAUCGAGGGCUCUCUGGAGAUCGUCUGAGACACCAGGUAUUCCGGGAGAAUGCCCAGAACUGCCUCACUAAGUUAUACAAGCUAGAUAAGAUGCAGUUCCGACAAACCAUGAGGGAUUAUGUGAACAAGGACUCUCUCAAUAACGUAGUGGACUUCUUGCAUGCUUUGCUAGGAUUUUGUAUGGAGCCGGUCACUGACAACAAGGCUGGGUUCGGAAAUAACUUCACCACGGUGGACAACAAAUCCACAGCCCAAAAUGUGGAAGGCAUUGUCGUCAGCGCGAUGUUUAAAUCCCUCAUCACACGCUGCGCUUCAACUACUCAUGAAUUGCAUAGCCCUGAGAAUCUGGGGCUGUAUUGUGACAUCCGUCAGCUGGUCCAGUUUAUCAAGGAGGCCCAUGGGAAUGUCUUCAGGAGAGUGGCCCUCAGUGCUUUGCUUGACAGUGCUGAGAAGUUGGCACCAGGGAAAAAGGUGGAGGAAAAUGAACCGGAAUCUAAGCCUGGAAGAGGAAAAAGGUCAGAGGCGGGAAGCGUGGUGGAUAAAGGCCAGGUGACUGCCGCACCUGAGGAAUGUCGCAGCUUUAUGUCCGGUCGCCCCUCACAGACUCCAGAGCACGAUGAACAAAUGCAAGGGGGAAACCUGGGGCGAAAAGAUUUCUGGCGCAAGAUGUUCAAAUCCCAGAGUGCGGCAAGUGACACCAGCAGCCAGUCUGAGCAAGACACUUCAGAAUGUACCACUGCCCAUUCAGGGACCACCUCUGACAGGCGCGCCCGCUCCCGGUCCCGCAGGAUUUCACUCCGGAAGAAGCUUAAACUUCCUAUAGGAAACUGGCUGAAACGCUCCUCCCUCUCGGGCCUGGCAGAUGGCGUGGAAGACCUCCUGGACAUCAGUUCUGUGGACCGCCUGUCUUUCAUCAGGCAAAGCUCCAAGGUCAAAUUCACCAGUGCCGUGAAGCUUUCUGAAGGUGGGCCAGGGAGUGGAAUGGAAAACGGAAGAGACGAAGAAGAAAAUUUCUUCAAGCGUCUUGGUUGCCACAGUUUCGAUGACCAUCUGCCUUCCAACCAAGAUGGCGGAAAAAGCAAAAACGUGGUGAAUCUUGGAGCAAUCCGACAAGGCAUGAAGCGCUUUCAGUUUCUGUUGAACUGCUGUGAGCCAGGGACAAUUCCUGAUGCAUCGAUCUUGGCAGCUGCCUUGGAUCUUGAAGCGCCGGUGGUGGCCAGAGCAGCAUUGUUCCUGGAAUGUGCCCGAUUUGUGCACCGCUGCAACCGUGGCAACUGGCCAGAGUGGAUGAAAGGGCAUCACGUGAACAUCACCAAGAAAGGCCUUUCCAGGGGACGGUCCCCCAUCGUGGGCAACAAGCGGAACCAGAAGCUGCAGUGGAAUGCUGCCAAACUCUUCUACCAGUGGGGAGACGCAAUCGGCGUCCGGUUGAAUGAGCUGUGUCAUGGGGAAAGUGAGAGUCCAGCCAACCUGCUGGGUCUCAUUUAUGAUGAGGAGACCAAGAGGAGACUGAGAAAGGAGGAUGAGGAAGAAGACUUUUUAGAUGACAGUACUGUGAACCCCUCUAAAUGUGGCUGCCCCUUUGCCUUGAAGAUGGCAGCCUGCCAGCUUCUCCUGGAGAUUACCACCUUCCUACGAGAGACCUUUUCAUGUCUCCCCAGACCACGCACUGAGCCUCUGAUGGACUUGGAGAGCUGCAGACUUCGUUUGGACCCUGAAUUGGACCGGCACAGAUAUGAAAGGAAGAUCAGCUUUGCUGGCGUCCUGGAUGAAAAUGAAGACUCAAAAGAUUCCCUUCACAGUAGUAGCCACACCCUCAAAUCAGAUGCAGGUGUUGAAGAGAAGAAAGUUCCCAGCAGGAAGAUCAGGAUAGGAGGUUCCCGCCUGCUCCAGAUUAAAGGAACCCGCAGUUUCCAGGUGAAGAAGGGGGGUUCCUUGUCCAGCAUUCGCCGGGUCGGCAGCUUAAAGAGCAGCAAGUUAUCACGGCAGGACUCAGAGUCUGAGGCUGAGGAGCUGCAGCUGUCCCAGAGCAGGGACACUGUCACUGACCUAGAAGGGAGUCCUUGGAGUGCAAGUGAGCCCAGCAUUGAGCCCGAGGGCAUGAGUGCAGCCGGCGUGGAGGAAAAUUACCACAGGAACAUGUCAUGGCUUCAUGUCAUGAUCUUGCUGUGCAACCAGCAGAGCUUCAUCUGCAGCCACAUCGACUACUGUCAACCUCACUGCUACCUGCACCACAGCCGCUCCUGCGCCCGGCUGGUCAGGGCGAUUAAGCUGCUCUACGGAGACACUGUGGACUCCCUCCGGGAGAGCAGCAGCAUCAGCAACGUGGCUCUCCGGGGCAAGAAGCAGAAAGAGUGCUCAGAUAAAUCAUGCCUGAGGACACCUUCUCUGAAGAAGAGAGUUUCAGAUGCCAGCCUGGAGGGGAAGAAGGACUCUGGAAUGCUGAAAUACAUUAGACUACAGGUGAUGAGCCUGUCGCCUGCUCCAUUAUCUCUACUGAUCAAGGCCGCACCAAUUCUGACAGAGGAGAUGUAUGGAGACAUCCAGCCGGCAGCCUGGGAGCUCCUGCUCAGCAUGGAUGAGCAUAUGGCGGGGGCAGCAGCGGCCAUGUUCCUGUUGUGUGCGGUGAAAGUCCCCGAGGCUGUGUCCGAUAUGCUGACGUCAGAGUUUCACCAUCCAGAGACCGUGCAGAGACUGAACGCCGUCCUUAAGUUCCACACACUCUGGAGGUUUCGCUAUCAGGUCUGGCCCCGGAUGGAAGAGGGAGCCCAGCAGAUUUUUAAGAUCCCACCUCCCAGUAUAAAUUUCACCCUGCCAUCACCAGUGCUCGGAAUGCCAUCCGUCCCGAUGUUUGACCCUCCCUGGGUCCCUCAGUGCAGCGGGAGUGUCCAGGACCCCAUUAAUGAAGACCAGUCUAAAUCCUUUUCAGCCCGGGCUGUGUCCCGCUCCCAUCAAAGGGCAGAACACAUCUUAAAGAACUUGCAACAGGAGGAAGAGAAGAAGCGUCUUGGUCGAGAAGCCAGCCUCAUCACUGCCAUCCCUAUCACCCAGGAGGCUUGCUACGAGCCCACCUGCACACCCAACUCAGAGCCAGAGGAAGAAGUAGAAGAAGUCACCAAUCUGGCCUCUCGUCGACUGUCUGUGAGUCCGUCCUGUACCUCCAGCACUUCCCACAGGAAUUACUCCUUCCGCCGAGGAUCAGUCUGGUCAGUGCGUUCAGCCGUCAGCGCUGAAGAUGAGGAACACACCACCGAACACACGCCCAACCACCACGUGCCUCAGCCCCCGCAGGCUGUGUUCCCAGCAUGCAUCUGUGCAGCCGUGCUCCCCAUCGUCCAUCUGAUGGAGGACGGUGAGGUGCGAGAGGAUGGAGUGGCAGUGAGUGCUGUGGCCCAGCAAGUCUUAUGGAAUUGUCUAAUUGAAGAUCCGUCAACAGUUCUUCGACAUUUUCUGGAAAAACUGACCAUCAGCAAUAGACAAGAUGAGUUAAUGUACAUGCUGCGCAAACUGCUCCUGAAUAUCGGAGACUUCCCUGCUCAGACCUCUCACAUCCUGUUCAACUACUUGGUGGGAUUAAUCAUGUACUUUGUGCGGACCCCCUGCGAGUGGGGGAUGGACGCCAUUUCGGCCACUCUGACUUUCCUGUGGGAGGUGGUUGGUUAUGUGGAAGGCCUGUUCUUCAAGGAUCUGAAGCAGACAAUGAAGAAGGAGCAGUGUGAGGUGAAGCUCCUGGUGACCGCUUCAAUGCCAGGUACCAAAACCUUGGUAGUUCAUGGACAGAAUGAGUGUGACAUCCCGACCCAGUUGCCAGUCCAUGAAGACACUCAGUUUGAAGCCCUGUUAAAGGAGUGUCUGGAGUUUUUUAAUAUCCCAGAAUCACAGUCAACACAUUACUUUCUCAUGGAUAAACGGUGGAACCUUAUCCACUAUAAUAAGACCUACGUGCGGGAUAUUUACCCGUUCAGGAGAUCCGUGUCUCCACAGCUGAACCUUGUACACAUGCCUCCAGAGAAAGGACAGGAGCUCAUUCAGAAACAGGUGUUCACUCGGAAGCUGGAGGAAGUGGGGCGGGUUUUGUUUCUCAUCUCCCUCACCCAGAAGAUCCCCACAGCCCACAAGCAGUCCCACGUCUCCAUGCUCCAGGAAGACCUCCUCCGACUGCCCUCAUUCCCUCGAAGUGCUAUUGAUGCGGAGUUUUCACUCUUCAGUGAUCCUCAAGCUGGAAAGGAACUCUUUGGCCUCGACACGCUUCAGAAAAGCUUGUGGAUCCAGCUCCUGGAGGAGAUGUUCCUGGGCAUGCCUAGUGAGUUCCCCUGGGGAGAUGAAAUCAUGCUUUUCCUCAACGUCUUUAACGGGGCUCUGAUCCUGCACCCAGAAGACAGUGCCCUGCUCAGGCAGUAUGCGGCCACCGUCAUCAACAGCGCUGUGCACUUCAAUCACCUCUUCUCCCUCAGCGGCUACCAGUGGAUUCUGCCCACCAUGCUGCAGGUGUACUCUGACUAUGAAAGCAACCCUCAGUUGCGCCAAGCCAUCGAGUUUGCCUGCCACCAGUUCUACAUCCUGCACCGCAAGCCCUUUGUGCUCCAGCUCUUUGCAAGCGUGGCCCCCCUGCUGGAGUUUCCUGAUGCUGCCAAUACUGGAUCCAGCAAAGGUGUGUCAGCCCAGUGCCUGUUUGACUUGCUGCAGUCCCUGGAGGGAGAGACCACUGACAUCCUGGACAUCUUAGAGCUGGUCAAAGCUGAGAAGCCUCUUAAGUCAUUGGACUUCUGCUAUGGAAACGAAGACCUGACCUUCUCUAUAAGUGAAGCCAUUAAGCUCUGUGUUACAGUGGUGGCAUAUGCUCCUGAAUCAUUCAGAAGUCUUCAGAUGCUGAUGGUCUUGGAAGCUUUAGUGCCAUGUUACCUACAAAAGCUGAAGAGGCAGACAUCACAGGUGGAGACGGUACCUGCUGCCCGGGAGGAGAUCGCUGCUAUGGCUGCUCUUGCCACCUCCCUGCAGGCCCUUCUGUACAGCGUGGAGGUCCUCACCAGGCCCAUGACGGCCCCCCAGAUGAGCAGGUGUGACCAAGGGCAUAAAGGGGCCACCACAGCCAACCACACCAUGUCCUCUGGGGUGAAUACCAGGUACCAGGAACAAGGCGCCAAACUGCACUUCAUCAGAGAAAACCUGCACUUACUGGAGGAAGGGCAGGGCCUUCCCAGGGAGGAGCUGGACGAACGGAUCGCUCGGGAGGAGUUCAGGCGGCCCCGGGAGUCUCUGCUGAACAUCUGCACAGAGUUCUACAAGCACUGCGGGCCCAGGCUGAAGAUCUUGCAAAACCUGGCCGGCGAGCCUCGGGUCACGGCCUUGGAGCUGCUGGAUGUGAAGUCUCACAUGAGGUUGGCAGAAAUCGCACACUCCCUUCUGAAGCUGGCCCCAUACGACACCCAGACCAUGGAGAGCCGUGGGCUUCGACGCUACAUCAUGGAGAUGCUCCCCAUCACCGACUGGAGCGCUGAGGCAGUGCGGCCGGCCCUUAUCCUCAUUUUAAAGAGAUUGGAUAGGAUGUUCAACAAAAUUCAUAAGAUGCCCACUUUGAGGCGACAGGUUGAGUGGGAGCCUGCCAGCAAUUUGAUUGAAGGGGUUUGUUUGACACUUCAGAGGCAGCCAAUCAUAUCCUUCUUGCCUCACCUUAGGUCACUGAUCAAUGUCUGUGUCAAUCUGGUGAUGGGAGUGGUAGGACCCUCCAGUGUUGCUGAUGGAUUACCCCUUCUUCAUCUCAGCCCUUAUCUCUCACCACCUCUGCCCUUCAGCACAGCUGUUGUCCGGCUUGUAGCAUUGCAGAUACAGGCUUUAAAAGAAGAUUUCCCCUUAAGCCAUGUGAUCUCCCCAUUCACCAAUCAAGAGCGAAGGGAGGGGAUGCUUUUAAAUCUGCUCAUCCCAUUUGUGCUCACAGUAGGAUCUGGAAGCAAAGACAGCCCAUGGCUGGAACAGCCCGAGGUGCAGCUGCUACUGCAGACGGUCAUUAACGUGCUCCUUCCUCCACGGGUCAUCAGCACAUCCAGGAGCAAGAAUUUUAUGUUGGAGAGCUCCCCUGCUCACUGCUCCACGCCAGGGGAUGCAAGCAAAGACCUGCGCAAGGAAGGGCUGGCAGAGUCCACCAGCCAAGCAGCAUACUUAGCGCUGAAGGUGAUCCUCGUCUGCUUUGAGAGGCAGCUCGGAAGCCAGUGGUACUGGCUGAGCCUCCAGGUGAAGGAGAUGGCCCUGCGGAAGGUCGGGGGCCUGGCCUUGUGGGACUUCCUGGACUUCAUCGUGCGGACCCGCAUCCCCAUCUUCGUGCUCCUGCGCCCCUUCAUCCAGUGCAAGCUUCUGGCCCAACCAGCAGAGAACCAUGAAGAGCUUUCUGCCCGACAACACAUCGCUGACCAGCUAGAGCGGCGUUUCAUUCCACGCCCUCUGUGUAAGAGCUCCCUCAUUGCUGAGUUCAACAGUGAACUGAAAAUUCUAAAAGAGGCAGUUCACAGUGGAUCGGCUUACCAAGGAAAGACGUCCAUCAGCACCGUGGGCACUUCCACGUCUGCCUACCGCCUGAGCCUGGCCACCAUGUCCCGCUCCAACACCGGCACUGGCACUGUCUGGGAGCAGGACAGUGAGCCGUCCCAGCAGGCUUCCCAGGACACCUUGAGUCGAACUGAUGAGGAGGAUGAGGAAAAUGACUCUGUCAGCAUGCCCAGUGUGGUAAGUGAACAAGAAGCUUACCUCCUGAGCACCAUUGGAAGGAGGCGGUUCUCCAGCCAUAUCUCCAGCACGUCUGCACCUCAGGCUGAGGUGGGCAUGUUACCCAGCCAAAGUGAACCUAAUGUCCUCGAUGACUCCCAGGGCCUGGCCGCCGAGGGCAGCCUCUCUAGGGUGGCAAGUGUGCAGAGUGAGCCUGGCCAACAGAACCUUCUCAUUCAGCCGCCACUGGGGAGGAAGAGGGGCCUGCGGCAGCUAAGGCGUCCUCUACUAUCACGUCAGAAGACUCAGACUGAACCCAGAAACCGCCAUGGGGCUCGGCUGUCAACCACCCGCAGGAGCAUUCAACCUAAGACAAAGCCAUCCGCGGACCAAAAACGAUCUGUGACCUUCAUCGAGGCUCAGCCAGAGCCAGCAGGUGCCCCAACAGACACACUUCCUGCCACAGGCCAGCCACAGGGCUGCAGCCCAGCCCCAUCCAGGAAACCGGAAGGAAUGGACAAGCCAGUGCUCACGUCUUCCCCCGCCAUUGUUGUUGCUGAUCUUCACAGCCUGUCUCCCAAGCAGGGUGAGAUCCCGCCAGCUGAAGAAGGAGGAAGGAAGGAGGACACAGAAGUACCAGGUGCUACGGCACACAGCCCCCUCUCUACGCAGCUCUCAGACCCUGAUGACUUCACGGGCCUUGAGACAUCCAUCCUCCUACAGCACGGAGACACUGUUCUUCAUAUCAGUGAGGAAAAUGGCAUGGAGAACCCCCUGCUGGCGAGCCAGUUCCCUUUUACUCCCACGGAGCGGGGGGAAACAGAUGUAGACCUAGAUGAGUCUCAUGUUUAGUUCUGUACCUUUUAAGUGUUGUAGGUGUAGACAAGAUGUGGAAGGGAUCAGUUUGC